AAAGAGGAGGUGGAACGAAAGAAAAACGAAUAUACAAAACAUUUGGAUGGAUACAGGACACUAAGGGAUCGCUUUGAGGAACACUAUAUUAAGGCUGGUCGCAGUGGUCGCAAAGUUGACGAUGUUCGUGAUAAAUAUCAAAAAGCCUGCCGUAAAUUACAUUUAACACAUAACGAAUAUGUACUCUCCAUAACCGAGGCAGUAGAAGUUGAAAAAGAUUUCCGCACCAUACUCCUACCCGGUCUGUUGGAACAUCAACAGUCGGUGCAGGAAAGUUUCAUCCUCCUAUGGAAGAAUAUAUUACAGGAAGCCAGCCAAUAUAGUGAUCUAACAUCGGAUAAAUUCAAGGAGAUUCAAAAACGUAUCGACACUGUGAUAAACAGCAUAAAUCCAAGCGAGGAAUAUCGGGAAUUCACAGAAAAGCAUAGAACAUCACCCACCACCCCUGUUGUAUUUCAAUUCGAUGAAUCCCUCAUCAAAGAUAUCCCCGGCAAAUUACAGUCCAGUACAUUGGCCGUUGAUAAUUUGACGGUCGAUUGGUUGCGUACUAAACAAUUGGAAUUGGAGUUAUUCGUACGAGACUGCCAAGAGAAACAAAUGAAAAUGAUUGAACAUGUCAAUGGUGGUUCACCCAUAGCCAAUGGAUCAAUAACCUCAAAUGGUAGCAUUAACAGCAAUGGCAUUCAAUCGUCAAAGGAAAAUCAAAACCGUCAAUCAAAGGACUUGAAUGCCCUACGUUGUCAGGAGAAACAAAAGCAGAAACUAUUGGAUAUGAUUAAAUGUGCCCUCAAUGAGGUGGGAUGCGAAGAACUGCCACCCGGUGAUGAUUUGCCAAAUUUCCCCUGUUUCGAACAUGGUGGCUAUAAUAAUGAUAAUCAUCAGAGCUCCAAUACAAAUACAACAAGCGUAAGUAUCUUCAAUGAACUACGGCGACGUGGCGGUGUUCUCACCCUACUGCGAGGACGUCACUUCAAACGUAAAUCAACACCCCAGCCCACAACGCCAACGGCGUCGGCGCGUGCCAAACGUCUGAGCAGUAAAAUGAAACCACGUUCCCAGAGUCUGGGUUCACUAUCGGUAAUUAGUCCAAAUAGCCCCGCAAAAUAUGAGCCUAUUACUAACCUACCCAUGCGCAUGGCUGCCAGUUUUGAAGCUAAUAACAAUCAGGGUUUUAUGCAUGAUUUAAGUGAUUUUGUUAAGGAGCUGACACCGCCACUAAGAUUUGUGCCUUCCAAGCUAAGACGCAGCAUGAGUCAUGGUUCCAUAUUGAUGCGUAACGACCAGCUCAGGGAACAGGAGGAAGAUGAAUAUGGUGACAAGCAAUGGUCCUAUAACAAUAAUAAUCAUAUUUAUGCGGAUUUAGAUUUAAAGGAGGAGAAAAAGGACAUGGAGGAGAAGAAGAAGGAAGAGCAGGGGGAAGAGAAGGAGAAGCCAAAAAUCACAAAGGAAGAAAGUCCAAUUGCGGAGAAGAAAUGUGAAGAGGAAAUAUUGUUGGCAACCCUGGGAGAGCAACAACAGGUGGUCAUUGAAAUCAACACAAUACCGGAAAGUAUUAAAGAGGAAAUUAAGACAGAGGAAAAUAAGGAAAUGGGCGAGGAGAAAAAUACGGUGGAGGAGGAAAAAGGAAUGGAAAUUCUUCCCACAAUUCAAAAUGAAAAUAACGAGAAUAAACCCAUUCCAGAGGUUAUGCAAAAUUCCAUAGAUGCCCAUUUGGAUCGGAUCGAUGAAUUGAAUCGCACUUUGGACAAUCGUUUGAAGAGGACGAUUUCACCGCAAAUCACCGAUUUGGAUGCCAUCGAAUCGGCGGAAGUAAUUGAUGUAGUAACGAGGCCCAUUAGUGGUAAUCCUCAUGACAUCAAACGCAUUUCCACCUCAAGUUCAGAUCGGGAAAUACCCAUUGCCAUGCAAAAUGAUAAGAACAAGAAGCGGUCCUUAUCGUUUUCCCAAAAGUCCAUUAAUGCCAUACUUUGUAACAUCAAGGAGUUCUCUAAGAGUCCUUUGACAAAAAUGCAUAAAUCUGUGGAUACUAAGGAUAGUCCUGAAAAAGAGGACACCGGUUGUUUUAAUUCUAUGAAAACAACAGCGGGUUCGGAUAACAAAAGCCCAGAGGGAACAUCGUCAAGUACAUCUUCAUCUGCGAACUCAAGGCCAACUGGAACGAACGUUACACCAUCAGGCACACCAAAUUACCCAGAAACACAUAUCGAUAAUGGUCAACAUAGCUCCUCCACACUUAGUUCCCCUUCAACACACACUGAUCCCUUACUCGAUUCUUCGAGUCAGUCAAAAAUCACAACAGCCAACACUGCCAACAUGAAUCCGUCCAAGGACUCUACCUCAAAACUCAAAUUUAAAGUGCCAAAAAUUCAAAAGAAAUCCAAAGCCAUACGUCAAACAUUCCGCUCCAAAUUCAUUAACUUUCAGCUGCGCAAAGGUAAACUGUGUAAGGUGUGCACCAAACGACGACGCAUCCAUCCCAGCAAAAGUGUUUUCGAUUUUGCCAAAGAAUUCAAUUUGAAUUCGGAAACCUCAGAGGAUAAUAGCGAAGAGUUCUGUACAUGUCCAGUGGGGUCACCACAUGUGGCCAAACAUCAUCGACAUCCACGUCCCUUUAGUGUAGAUCGCUCGCACGGCCAUAAUGACGAUGAUGAGGAUGCUGGUGAAUCGAGCGAUGAUGUACUCUCGAUGAAAGAUCAUUGCUAUUGUGUUCCCAGUUUGGCCACAACAGUAUCCCUCUCAACAAAUCGCCCGCUCUACGAAGAAGAAUGGUUCCAUGGUGUUCUACCGCGUGAAGAAGUUGUACGUCUGCUCAACAAUGAAGGUGAUUUCCUUGUCCGCGAAACCAUACGUAAUGAGGAAAGUCAAAUUGUAUUGAGCGUCUGCUGGAAUGGACACAAACAUUUCAUAGUUCAAACCACGGUGGAGGGUCAUUUCCGUUUCGAGGGUCCACCAUUCCCCAGUAUACAAGAGUUGAUAUUGCAUCAAUACCAAUCGGAGUUGCCAGUUACCGUGAAAUCAGGUGCUAUUCUCAGAACGCCCAUACGUCGUGAAAUCUGGGAGCUAAGCAAUGAUGAUGUGGUCCUGUGUGAGAAAAUUGGUCGUGGUAACUUUGGUGAUGUCUAUAAGGCCAAAUUGAAGUCAACCAAAAAGGAUGUGGCCGUCAAAACAUGUCGCAUGACCCUACCCGAUGAACAGAAACGCAAAUUCUUACAGGAAGGUCGUAUCCUUAAACAAUAUGACCAUCCGAAUAUUGUCAAAUUGAUUGGUAUUUGUGUACAAAAGCAACCGAUAAUGAUUGUUAUGGAACUGGUGCCAGGUGGCUCCUUGCUGAAUUAUUUGCGUAAGAAUUCAAAUAUCUUAACAACACGGCAGCAAAUGGGAAUGUGUCGUGAUGCAGCAGCCGGCAUGCGUUAUUUGGAAUCGAAAAAUUGUAUACAUCGUGAUUUAGCAGCCCGCAAUUGUUUAGUUGAUUUAGAGUGUUCCGUAAAGAUCUCUGAUUUCGGCAUGUCAAGGGAGGAAGAGGAGUAUAUCGUAUCGGAUGGCAUGAAACAAAUUCCCGUCAAAUGGACAGCACCGGAAGCCUUAAACUUUGGCAAAUAUACAUCACUGUGUGAUGUCUGGUCGUAUGGUAUAUUAAUGUGGGAGAUUUUCUCAAAGGGUGAUACACCGUAUUCGGGUAUGACAAAUACCCAGGCUAGAGAAAAAAUUGAUCAUGGUUAUCGUAUGCCAGCCCCCGAUAAUGCUCCAGCGGAAAUGUAUCGUUUAAUGUUAAAAUGCUGGGCUGCUGAACCAGAAUCUCGUCCACAUUUCGAUGAAAUUUACAAUGUCGUCGAUGCACUGAUUUUACGUUUAGACAAUAGUCAUUAAAUUCUGCAACAACAAAAACGCUGAAA